AUGAAAAUAAAUAUUUCUUUUUCGAUUCCAUUUUAUAUACAUUUAAAACAGAUUUGUGAUAUUCAGGUGUCAAUAGAUUCUUCAUCUGAUGAAAAAGAAGCAGGUAAAACUUUGCUUGUGAAAUCCCAAAUCCUAAACAAAAUGAAAGAAAGAAACACUGAUCUAGAUAGGAUAUCAGGCAAGGAAUUUUUGAGUGGUCAAGCAAAGCGUUAUCCUAAUACUAGUGAAGAUUUAUGUCAACAAAGCAAACGAAUUGCGUUUAAUAGUUAUUAUGAGAAGAUAUUGAGUAAACAGUGUUUAAGUUUACCCUCAUAUUCUACAGAAUUGAAUCUUGAAGAUGAUGAAGAAAUCACUUUGUUAAAAGAGAAAUUAGCAACUGUUGAAGAAAAUCAUUUACAAAUUGAACUUGAGACAGCAGUCAAAAAGAAACCGGAGAUUAGUAAGCAAAGACAUACAAAACACUCUAAAAGUGCUAGAAGGAGGCAUAAACCUCCUCAUCUCAGUCAAAAUCUCUCCUUAGUGAAAACUGAAGAAACUAUUAAAUUAUCCAGUCCAAUAGUAGAUAAUGAUAUGAAUAUUCUACCUAGUCAAAGACCGGACGGUUUUUUUUCAAAAACUGUUCUAAAUGAGAGUGGACGUUCAAAAUAUGGUUGGGCACCUAAUUCUUCACUUCUCGGCAAAUACUGUCCUAAAUUAAACCAAUCAAAGGUAGAUGACGAAAAUAAUACAGCUGAAAUUAACUGGGCAAAAAUUGAAGAACGACUAGCCAAUUCAGGUAUCAUUACCAACAUGGAAAGAACACAUUAG